CACUGAUAGGUGGCACUAAUGAGGAGGAACUGGUAGGUUGCACUGAUAGGCAUCACUGAUGGGCACUGAAAGGCAGCACUGAUACAUGACACUGAUACAUGACACUGAUUGAUAGGUGGCACUGAUGGGUGACAUUGAAAGGCAGCUCAGAUGGGCACUGAUAUGUGGCAUUGAUGUGCACUGGUAUGCACUGAUAUGUGGCACUGGCACGUGGCACUUCUGGAGCCACACUGAGCAUCAGGGCACACUGAUCAUCACUGUCAGCGUGACAGCUCGAGAGGAGAGAAAUGCCGUUAACCGGCAUUUCCGUGUUUACAUGUGAUCAGCUGUGAU